AUAAAUAUUUUAAGGAAUUAAUUCUCUCUCUCUCUCUCUCAAAAGAAAAAGGAAGAAAAGGCCCUUCUCUUUUUUCUUCCCUAUAUUAUUGCAUAGCAAUCCCACUAAGCUCACAAGCAAGAAAUUUCUCCAAUAUAUAGGUUUCUUUCAUGGCGCCUUUUCCACACCUUCAAAACCAUUUUUCUUCCAUAAUCUCCUAAUUUCUUGAGCAGAAAAAAUAUAUAUAUAUAUAUAUAUAUUUUCUUUUUUCUCCUCACGUGAGUUUAGUAUAGUUUGUUCUUUUUUAGUUGCUAUGGAUUACAUGGAAGAGAAGAACAUCAUAGUUUCUGAUGAGACUCCUAUAGUUACAACAAAGGAUCAUGCCCCGCCAGGGAGCCAGGUGGCAACAGGUGGCAGUGAUCCUACCCUAGAGCCAAACAACCCAGGUGGUGGUGUAGUGGGCGGCUCCGGAGGGUCAGGCUCAGAAGGUGUUGUUGAAAGCACCGUGAAAAGAAAGAGAGGAAGGCCUAGGAAGUAUGAUGUGGAUGCAAACCUAGUAUCAUCACCGCCUCCGCCACAGGGCCUCUCUUCUUCUCUCUCGAGUUACGAGAAGCGGGGUAGAGGGAGGCCCCGUGGUUCUGGUAAACUGCAACUCUUGGCUUCCCUUGGUGGUUUUGCAGCAGAAACAGCAGGGGGGAGCUUCACCCCUCAUGUAGUGCCCGUGUAUACUGGAGAGGAUAUUGUUAGUAAGAUAAUAGAAUUAUCUCAAAAGGGUGCUCGAGCAGUUUGCAUUCUUUCUGCUACUGGUGUUGUCUCAAGUGUUAUUAUGCGUCAGCCUGGUCCUUCUGGUGGAAUUUUGAGAUAUGAUGGCCGCUUUGAAAUUCUAUCUUUAUCUGGAUCAUUCACUUUCGGCGAAACAGGAGGUUCAAAUCGCAAAAAUGGCAUGCUAAGUGUUUCACUGGCUAAACCUGAUGGGAGAGUUUUUGGUGGUGGUGUUGCAGGCUCUUUAAUAGCAGCUGGCCCUAUUCAACUUGUUAUUGCCAGUUUCAAGCAGAAUAUCGGCAAGGGGAUUAAAAGGAGGCAAUCUGCUGACCCUCCUGCUGCUCCCAGUCUGCCUGCCAAUUCUGAUGUAGUAAGGGUUCCUGUAAAAAUCGCUGGAACCACAGACGGGGAAGAUAAUUGCACUACACCAACAUCUGCACUUUCAGAACCAAGAAAUGAAGAAGCAGGUAACACAGUCAUUUCAAACCAACAAGCAAAUACUGAUUCCCAAAACAGUAGUGGUCAAAAUGUCCUGCAGUCCCAAAAGCAAAUACUGUUGGUGUCCCCCGGUUAUGAAAAUCUCUAGAUUUGCAUCCGUGACAGCAUUUCUUCAUAAAUAACAUUAAAACGUGGUGUUAGUAUGAUAUUUCUUCCUUUAUUCUGUUAGCUCAAAGGCGUCAAAAUCUUGUACCUUUUUAUAUCAGCUUAAGACAGAAACUACUCUUGCUGUCAA